AUGGCUCAGCAAUGGGGAUGGCAUCAAGACUGGCCGGGCACGACAAAGGAGGAGCCCAGGCGCCGUGCAGCCAGCUGUGAAGCGAGGCAGCCGGAGCCGCGGCGGCGAGUGUGGCUCGGUGCGGCGCUGGCCGCUGCGAGGCGAUUUCAAGAGCCGCCUCCCCGUGCGCACCUGGGUGAGCGGAGGCAAGCAGAGUCUGCGAACUCCGAAGAUGGAGGUGCAGCUUGGUUCGCUUCAUCGAGCAGCUGGUGGCAGAGCGAUUCUUCCAGGCCAUCUGAUUCGCGGGGCGGAUGGUCGCAGAGCGACUGGUCUCAAGGCUGGGAGUGGAAUGCCCCUCAGGGUCCUUGGCGCGCGGCCGAGGAGUCCCAGGCGGGCGGUGAUCCCUUGCUUUCGAUGUCCCUGAAUUCCCUGGAGCAGCUUUUGGCCGGGUCUCCCGGCGAGCAGGAUCGAGCCUUGCCUUCGCUGCUUGAGCGCCUGCAGCGACAGAUAUCUGGCUCCGCAGAUGUCUCGCCUGCACAGCUCGUAUCCUGCCUGCAGCUGCUGCGCGGCGUCGACGCACCCAGGCUCCUGGGCCUCGUGGCGCCCCGGGCCGCUGCAGCGGCCGGAAGCCUGGAUCCUCAGGAGCUCGUCAAUGCUGCAAGGGCCUUGGCACACUGCGCCCACCGCGCUGCCACUGCUGACCUGGCGCGGGCGCUGGGCACAGUGAUGGCUGAGGCGUUAUGCAGGCAUCGCAGCCUCAGCCUCGAGCAGCUGGCGGCUCUGGCGGCCUCCCCGGCACCCCGCCGGGGCGCCGUGCUGCAGGCGCUGCUGCUCCAUGCCGAGGUGGACCGUCCUCCGGAUGACGCACCUGAAGACGAGGAUGCUGCUCUUGCGGCUACCCUGGACCGGCUAGCAGAUCAGGCUUCUUCACUGGCGCCCGAGGACUUGGUCUUGUCCCUGGCCGGGCUUGCUGUGCUCGCGGUCCGCGACGAUCUGGCUGCCGCCGUCCUAUGCGAGGACCUGGCGUCCCGACUCCCAGCCCUUGGCUGCUCGGAGCUUGCCCUGCUCAGCUGGGCCCUGGGUACGCUGGGGCUUCGCUGUGAGCCUGUCAUGGAGGCGCUUGCGAAAACCGCACAGAGCCGGAUCUGGCGGUUCGGCCCCGGAGACCUCGUGAAGCUCAUCUUUGGCUUUGUGGCGGUCGGGCUAAGGCAUUGGGAGCUGCUGGAUGCCAUUGCGCAGGCAAGCUCCUGGUCCCUCUCGAAGAUGACUUCCUCAGGUCUUGCGCAGCUGUCCUGGUCCUUUGCAACGCUUCUCGGCUUACCUGAGCGUCGCGAGCGGCUUUGUCAGCUUGUGAAGCUGGGAUGCUAG